CGGCGGCGCGGAGCUCCGGAGGUUGCCGGUUUAAACCUGCUGUGAUUAAGAUAAACAUCUCUAAUUCGGCUGCAGAAGAGAAGACUUGGAGAAUAAAGUCCUGCAAUGUGUUGAACUGUGACAUGCCAGGAAAUAUGGGAUAUCCUAUUACACGUCUCUCAUGCCUGAUGUGGACUCGGCCAGGACCACUGAGGAUACAGCUGCAGAGCUUUGUCACAGCUACACAGCUCCCCUGAGGCCAGGCUGGUUCUGCUGAGGACUUAGGACAAAAUGAAGGUGUGAAAUAAACCACUGUCUGGAAGGACCGCCACAUGACAGGAGUUUUCUACACACAGGCUGGUACAGACAGCCGAGUGCUAUGUCUCUGCUCUGAAGAACUGGGAUGCAAACUAGCUCCAGUUCAGCUACAGCUUUGGUGCAGCUUCCAUUUGGAUAUCUCCAGAGUCUGCCCUGUGACCCCAAGACCUCAGUUGGAUGCUUUUCUGCUCCAUCCUGCCUUACCUCAACACUUCAAGACAUCUCUUUCAAAAUCGUUUGUCAUUUGAGCUCUGCUGUGUGACAGAUGCAGGGGCUUUAAUCCAGGAUGAAUGAAUGCUACUAUGAUAAGCGCAUGGACUUUUUUUAUAACAAGACAAACACUGACACAGUAGAUGAGUGGACAGGGCCAAAGCUUAUUGUUGUUCUGUGUUUUGGGACAUUUUUCUGCCUUUUCAUUUUCAUUUCAAACUCAUUGGUCAUAGCAGCUGUGGUCAAGAACAAGAGGUUUCAUUUUCCCUUUUACUAUCUCCUGGCCAAUUUAGCUGCUGCAGACUUUUUUGCUGGAAUUGCCUAUGUCUUCUUGAUGUUCAACACUGGCCCAGUAUCAAAGACAUUAACUGUUAAUCGCUGGUUUUUGCGUCAGGGUCUUCUGGACACCAGCCUGACAGCCUCCCUGGUGAAUCUCCUCGUCAUAGCUGUUGAGCGGCACAUGUCUAUAAUGCGGAUGAAGAUCCACAGUAAUCUCACGAAGAAGAGAGUGACCUUUUUAAUUAUAUCAAUUUGGGCCAUAGCUAUUUUCAUGGGUGCUGUUCCUACCCUGGGUUGGAACUGCCUCUGUGACAUUACUGCCUGCUCAUCCCUGGCCCCUAUUUACAGCAGAAGUUACCUGGUGUUCUGGAGCAUCUUAAACCUAGUUGUCUUCUUCAUUAUGGUGGUGGUUUACAUAAGAAUCUACAUGUAUGUCCAGAGGAAAACUAACGUCUUGUCGUCGCACACUAGUGGCUCCAUUAGCCGUAGGAAAACUCCUGUGAAGCUUAUGAAGACUGUUAUGACUCUCUUAGGUGCUUUUGUUGUCUGCUGGACCCCUGGCCUGGUUGUCUUACUGCUCGAUGGUCUGAACUGCACCUACUGUGGGAUUCAGAAUGUUAAAAGGUGGUUUCUUCUCCUGGCCCUGAUGAACUCUGUCAUGAAUCCAAUAAUUUAUUCAUACAAAGAUGAUGAGAUGUGGAGUACCAUGAAAAGGAUGAUUUGCUGCUCCUCUCAGGAUAAAAGCCAUGACAGACGCUCAUCGCGGGUCCCCUCAACAGUUCUCUGCAGGAGCACGGAUACCUCAGGGAACUACAUUGAAGAUGGCAUUAUUCAAGGGACAAUUUGUGGAAAAGGAGAUCUUGGUGGCAAAGGAAACUCCUGAGCUAUUCAAGGGACUGACUUGGCUGGAAAAGGAGAGGGGGAAGGGAGAGGUUUUGUAUGAGAAGAUUGACUGGCAAAGCUAGUAAACAAUAUAUCCACUUUGUUCCAGAGCCUAAACUCCAGUGUUAACAAAAGUUCUUAUAAAUAAUUGCCUGAUGGAAAAACACUUUGUAAUGAAGAAAACCUUCUGUGCUGCCAUCUUACUCCUUUUUUUUUCUUUUAAGUACAUGAAAUUGUGUUUUCAUAUGAAUGGAAUAAAUACAUCUCAGAGAGUUUUUGUGCAUGGAAGCAAAAUGUAGGCAGUGUAGUGGGACCCUUCUUAAGCUCCUACAGAGAGAGGAAACCUCCCUUACCAUGCAGGCUUGGCAUUCAUUGAGUAUUAAUGCUUUGAACUGUUUUUGUGCAUCUUGAGGAGGAUCCUAGGUUUGGUUGGACAGAAUUGUGACCCGUUUUCUCUCUUCCUCCUGGUCUUGGUUUUGAAAUAGGUAGUUUGAUGGUUUAUUAAAGCUAUGCCAGAAACCUGGCUGUGAUGGGGAGCCCAGACCAGAUACCUGUGUGCAUGAGUGUGUCCAACCGUGGAUUGUCAGGAUCUGAGAGUACAAAAAGCACAAAAACCAUUAUUAAUUCUGUAGCGGGUAAAUGCUGCAAGGAGAUUUGUUGCUGCUGUGUGGGCAGAUGUUGAGGGUGGAUCAACAGAAGAGCAGCGUGGCUGUGUUCGUUGUGCUCCUUUCUUACUUUUCCAGAUAGCACCAAACAGUUGUGGUCACCCCUCUCUAACUGCUAUGCCACUGAGAGAAAUUAAUUCCAAAACUCUGUUUUGGAUUUGGAGAACUUUUAAGAGAAGUUUAAAGAUACAUAUAUACGGGUUCAACCAAGCUAUUUAAAAUAGAAAUUAAUUUACAGGAAAAAAGCCUGAAACUAAUGUAAAACCCUACAAGACUAUAGCAGGCAUUGAUUGUCUGACCUUGUCUAGACCACAUUUAACCUCUGACUUGCAAGCAGAUCUUACUGGAAGGUACUUGAUGAAGAGGCCAUGAAACAGCAAGAAGUGAAGGGCUUUCAGCAUUGUGACUAAUCAAGUCUAGUGUCGACCCAGCCACAGCCUAAAAAGCUGAAGUUUUGACAUACGGAGUAUGUGCAAAUGGAGGAUCCAGCAAUUUAAAUCUCUAGGGUGAUGUUUUUAAAUUUGAACUUUUAAUAUAAAAAUAGGAACACAUUUCUCAGCUCCCUAAAAAAAAAAAACACAACUGGCUCCUGCUGUCUGGUUUCAACAGCAGUGAGCUCCCUGCAACCCUUCUUAAUUUCAAGAGGAGUUACCUGUGUUGUGUCCUAGAGAAAGUCUGAUCCCUGGUAUUAAAGCAGGUGACCAUAACCAGAGUUCAUUUGGGGAAGUUUUGAUUGCUUGGAAUUGUCAGAGAACAACACCAAGAGCACGUUGUAUGAGGCUGAAAGGUCAGCUGUGGUUUGGGCAAAUUCUUUCUUUGGUGCAACUUGUAUGUGGAUAUCUGGCCUGUGUUGAUUCAAGCAGAACCAGCACUUGGCUCGAAGGCCAAGAUGCAGUUUUGUAGAAGGCACGGGGGGGUUUCAUAGCAGACCUUGGCUUACAAACACAGCAAGCCCUUAUUCAGAGAGCUCUCACAUAAUACGAGUUACCUUGUAGGGAUAUGGCCUAACAUUGCAAGGUAAGUGCUGUAUUUAUGAGUAAUGCUGCAAAGGUUUACAUACAUUAUAAUGCAAUGUUCUUGUGCAAAUACUACUUUGUUUGUUUGGUGUUUUGAAAAGUGUGUAAAGUGGUGCUUUCUAGAGCCGGUGGCGUUGCAAAGGCAUAGCAUGCAAACGUUC